AUGAAGGGGACCGAGGAAGUCACCGCCCUCCUCCGCGCACCUUCCGAGGCGGGAGGCGAGCGCAUCGCAUCGCAGCGCCCGGUCAAAGGGAGCCCCAACCUGGCGGGCAGCGGCCACCUUGCCCGUCGGAUGGCCGGGGGGGGGGAACAGAAGGGGCUCGAGGCCGAGCUGCCGAGGGGGCUGCGCCUUGACACACACACACACACCGCCCCGCGUGUCUCUCUUGCCCCCCUCCCUUCGCAGGUGCCCAUCGAGGAGCCGAUCGUCUCGACCGACGAGGUGAUCUUCCCCCUGACCAUUUCCCUGGACAAAUUGCCCCCCACGACCGUCAAAGCCAAGAUCGUGGUGACGGUAUGGAAGCGAGACCAGGAGAAAGCGGAGGUGCGGGAACGCGGCUACCUGAGCAUCCUGCAGGAUCGAGCUCCCUCCCAAACCUUCCGGGAAGAACAGGGGGCCUUCAAGGCUCAAGUGAGCACCAUGCUGACUGUGCUGCCACCUCCGGAGCUAAAGUGCCAACAGCUCAACGUGUCGGGANUUCAUCUUUGCCCACUUCCUUCUUCCCUUCCAGUUUUGAAUGGAGCUUCCCAGGAGGAACUCUCUGUAUGGGAUGUACGGAUCCUUCCCAAUUUUAAUGCCAGUUACCUUCCCAUGAUGCCUGAUGGGUCUGUCUUGCUUGUUGAUGAUGUCUGCCACCAGUCAGGUGAAGUCUCCAUGGCCUCCUUUUGCCGUGUCCCUUCUGCAACCUCUUCGUGCCCAUGUGCCCUUCGUGCUCUUGAGGAGCAGAACUUCCUCUUCCAGCUGCAGGCACCAGAGCAACCCCCAGAAAGUGCCAAGGAGGGUCUAGAGGUCCCGCUCAUUGCAGUGGUCCAGUGGUCAACCCCCAAGCUGCCCUUCACCACCAGUAUCUACACACAUUACAGGCUACCUAGUAUCCGCCUGGCUCACCCCCGGUUUGUGAUGACCGCAGAAUGCCCCUCGCCUGUCACCCUCCACCGCCGCUUCACCGUUACCUACACCCUCAUCAAUAACCUGCAGGACUUCCUAGCUGUACGUUUAGUGUGGACCCCAGAAAGUGCUGGUGCUGGCAAGAAGCUCUCCUGUGAGGAACGGCGUGCCAUACAGGACACCCAGGAGGCAAUUGUGUGCCACACCCCACUCAACAACUUGGGGUUCUCCCGCAAGGGCAGCGCCCGCACUUUCCGGGUCACAUUCCAGGCUCUGCGUGCUGGCUUAUACGAGUUGUCCCAGCACAUGAAGCUGAAGCUGCAGUUCACCGCCAGCGUCUCCAACCCACCCCCCGAGGCCCGGCCCGUCUCCCGCAAGAGCAGCCCCGGCAGCCCUGCGGUCCGCGAACUGGUCGAACGCCACCAGGCCAGCCUGGGCCGCUCCCAGAGCUUUUCUCACCAGCAGCCGGCUCGUGGGCACCUCAUGAGGUCAGGCAGUGUAAUGGAGCGCCGAGCCAUCACACCCCCGGUGGGGUCUCCAGUAGGGCGUCCCCUUUACCUUCCUCCAGACAAAGCAGCUCUUUCCCUUGACAAAAUUGCCAAACGAGAGUGUAAAGUGCUGGUGAUUGCACCUGGAACAUGAUGGUCUGGGGAGAGGGAACCCCGCCCUUGGAAAGGGAGCUGCUUCCUGCCCCACAGCAGAACAACUGUCCCCCAGCGCAACUCUGACUGGCCCCCGUGAAAAUGUCCCUUGGCUGCUGUCCCCACAUUGCCCUCUCCAGCCCAUGGUGUGCCUGGCAAGCAAGGAUCUUUCUGGGCAUGGCAGCGGUUCACUGCCCUGCCUGUUGCCCACCAUUCUCCACUGCUCAUGCCAGGGAGCUCAAAGUGGCUGGCACCCAUUGCCAGGAAUUCUCCCCCCCCCCAUCCCCACCCUCACCCCGCAUCAGCUCUGGCACCUCUUUUCCUUCCAUUCUUUUGGGUUCAGAGCAGGAAUCGGCAUGGAAAUGGAAGCGCUUGGCAACUUCUUGUCUCCUAGACAGGAAGAACAGUUGCAGCUACAUCCUGGUGGGAUCCUGGAC